AUGGGAUUCAAUCUUCACGCAGACAACAGCAAUGACCCACCCGAAGUACGCAACUGGCGCGUGCACUUCAUCGCUGUGGUGGUCAGCAUGGGCGCUAUUGCGAUGGGUUACGACACCAGUGUCAUUGGGGGAACGUUGGCCCUGGAGCCCUUUCGCCGGGAUUUUGGGCUGGCUCGGUCCUCAGACCUGGAGCAAGAUACCCUUGAAGGGAAUAUUGUUUCAACUUUCCAGGCUGGUUGCUUCUUCGGGUCACUCUUGACCUUUCCUCUGGCGGAAAGAUUUGGCCGAAAGCUGGCCAUCAUCAUGGCGAUCUCGGUCUUUUGCGUUGGCGGCAGCCUGAUGACCGCAGCUUCCGGCCAUCUUGCCAUGAUCUACACCGGCCGGGUCAUUGCGGGGUUUGGCAUCGGCUCUGUGUCGCUGCAGGUUCCCGUGUACAUCGCGGAAACUUCACCUCCCUCCAUAAGGGGUCGUUUGGUGGGUAUCUUUGAGAUUUGCUCACAGGGAGGUGGCAUGUGCGGAUUCUGGAUCAACUACAUCGUUAACCGCACGAUUUCAACCGAGAGAAUGGCGCAAUGGCAGGUCCCUCUCGGUCUCCAGCUCUUGCCCGGAGCCUUCCUCCUGAUGGGGAUAUUCUGGUGCCCCGAAACACCCCGCUGGUAUGCAAAACAAGACCGAUGGGAAGAGGCCGAACGGACUCUUGUCUGGAUCCGCAAACUCCCAUCGGAACACCCGAUGAUUCAAGAAGAAUUGCAGCAAAUUCGCGAGCAAAUUCAAAUAGGUAUGCCACCGCCAGGGGCGAGGCAUGACAUUGGGUACUAUAUCCACCGACUGUGGCAGAGAGGCACCCGAAAUCGGAUCGGCAUUGGGCUUCUCCUGAUGGCCUUCCAAAACCUUACGGGCGUCAAUAUCAUCACUUAUUACUCACCGAGAAUCUUCGAGACCUUGGGCAUUGUUGGAACGGACACGAAGCUCUUUGCCACGGGGUUUUAUGGGAUUGCAAAGACGCUGGGUAUGGUGAUCUUCAGCGUCUGGCUGGUGGAAAAGGUCGGGCGACGCAGUGGGCUAAUUUGGGGCGCCUUUAUUGGGAGUCUGCCCAUGUGGUACAUUGGGGGUUACGUCUUUCGCGCCGACCCCGCAGGCGCUGCAGCUCGAGGGCAGAUUGACCGGAAUGCCUGGAGUUACAUCGCCAUGGUUUGCGUCUAUCUGUAUGGGAUGAUAUAUUGCGCCACCUGGCAGGUACAGACCCCCUUUCACAAUCUUGCCACGCAAUCAUGGCUGACUGACUUGUCCUUCCAGGGUAUUACCUGGGUGAUCUGUUCAGAGGUGUUUCCCAUUGACAUCCGAAUGCUGUGCGUGAGUAUAACCACAGCUGAUCAAUGGCUGUGGUCGUUCAUUAUUAGUCGCACAACGCCAUAUAUGAUCACCUCGCUGGGAUACGGGACAUAUUUCUUCUUCGCUACACUGAUGGUCUGCAUGGGAUUCUGGGCGUACUGGUUUAUCCCAGAGACCAAGGGCAAGACACUGGAGGAGAUGGAGGCAUUGUUCGGCGCCCAGCCAGCGGGAGACCAGGAAUGGGGCGCAAAGGGCGAGGAAGAGAAGCAAGCAACGACGCAUGUCGAGCGGGUGUCGAUGUAA